AUGUCUUUCGAAACUCUUCGUUCUCUCUGGCCUACUUUGACUCCCAUGUUCUCGCCUGGGGCCGCUCUUACGAUUCCAGCCAUGCGUCGCAUGCGACUACUGAAAGAGGCGGCACCAGCAGCCAUGAGUUCAAUCUUCUGUUCGAGACCAUUGUUGAACACGCUAAUCUCGGCGUCUAGGGCGCGACCCAACAUUGAGUAUCGAGGCUUUGCCCUCAACCUGGCCUACACACUUUCUUUGGUUGCCAUCGAGAUUUCCAAGGAGAUGUAUGAUGAGCGGUGGGAUGAGUUGUCGUUGACUCCUCACGGGGUGCCCUACGCCAUCCGUUUCUCUGUCAACGAGCCAGCGCCAAAAUUCAUGCCGCGAUCGUCUCAAACGGUUCCAACCCCGUCUGGUUCCUCUUCAAAGGGCAAAAGCAAGACUCAGGCAAGUACUUAUUUUGCUAACCCAAGUCAAAGAAAGGCAUGGUUUCCGUCAAGAAACUGCAAAAGUUCGCUAAAGGCCAGACGGCAGGGCCAACUUCCAUGCCUGAGGACAAGGACUGAUGAGGACGAUGCUGGUAACUCUCUUGACGAGGAGUCGGUAGUCGUUGCGAAACCUUUUCGUCCCCCUGCUUCGCAGGGAAGUCCUUCCAAGCAUACAAAACCUGGUCCCAAUCGUCACUCUGUUGCUGGUGCAUCUGUUCCUCCGUCCGUCGACUUGCCUGUUGGUGUAGUCGAGGAACAAGUUAUUCGUACUCGUGGAGAGAAGAGGAAGCGCACGGCUGCGAUUGCCGCCAUGGAGUCUCAUGUUGAGACUUCAAAUGUUCGCGACGAGAGCCCAGAGCUCCCGAAGAAGAUGACGAAACAGCACAUGGCACAGCUCGGUCGACAAGCUGCCACCCAGGUGCCUUCCAGUCUAAGCCCUGUGAAUUCAUGGGCUGGGGUGUUCCUUGUGGGAACUGUCAAAGGGGAAAGAAGGUGGUUUGUUCAUUCAAGGCUAGUCCUCAAGAGCGGUACUGAGCACGUGUCUCGAUACACCCAUUCGUGGAGAGGACACCCGACAGUAAAUCUUCACCGACUCCUCGGGACGGCCGAGUACUUGGUCAAGGCCUUUGAUAGUGCCUGCGAGACCGCUGGCCAUCUGUCCAAGCUUCUUUGCGACACUUGCAAGGACAUCGACGCUGUUAUCCGGGACACCGUUGAGUAUGAAGGUCGUGUCAUGGCCAAGGAGUCCCUUGUUACUGACGUAUCAGCCAUCAACGGACUCCUCGAUGGGUUUUCUGCUCAAGAAGUGGAAGUCUCGACGAAUCCAGAGGAUGAGGAUGAAACUGGUCCUUUUUCAUUGAGUUACGAUGCAUCUUCCCCACAGCGAGAUGAAGCUCUUCGUCGCGAAGAGGGGGGUGGUGGCAAAAUGGAUGCUGAUGGAGACUUGGACGCAGAGGUCUGA